CCCAGAUUAAGUUGAAUAAAAACUAUUUAUUGCCACCUUUUAAAAGUCUCGCUGUCUCACCCACUUCAAGAAUGAAGACAAACGCGGCAAUGGUCUCAACAUUUUUUCUUUCCAAAUUUCUUACUUUUUCCCUGGGAAAUUCUUAAUUUUUUAUCCUUAUCAAUGCGCCGCCCUUGGCUUAUAAAGUCUAUCGCCGACUCCGUCAGGACCUCUUCUCCUUUCUUCUCCAUCUCCGUUCAAACUCUGGCUUAUUUCUCUCCUGUCUCUCUGUUUCUCUAAUUCUGCCCAGAUCCCAGCUUCUCAAACUCUUUGCUUGUAAAUUUCUACGCCUUUUCAGAAACCCCCCUGUUUUUAUGUUCCUGCUUUCUUGAAUCUCUUCCGUCUCUCGCGAACAAUUUUGAUGCUGAACAUCUUGUUCUUGAUGUUUGAGAUUCAUGUCUCCAGUGCUCAGUGAAAUCCUCCUCUCAGGGUUUAUGGUAAACUCCACCUUCCGACGCAGGACCCACCUCGUUCAAUCCUUCUCGGUCGUCUUCCUCUACUGGUUCUACGUUUUCUCAUGAACUGCUUGCCCUCCGCCCCUUGAAUCCGCAAGUAAUAGCAUUAAUUUCUUAAUUUCUAUGAAUUAUUAGCAUCUGGGUCCUGUUUUUUUUUUCUCUUUGUUCAGCCUAAAUCUAGCUGCAAAUUAAGAUCUAUCCUUAAAAUUUCCCUUUUUUCCCCUGUUCAUCCCAUGGCUUCUUCUCCGAGCGGAAAUUCUUCGGGAUCAAGCCCGCACCGGAGCUCAGGCUCCGAAGAGGAUCUCCGGAACGUCAUGGAUCAGAGGAAGCGGAAGAGAAUGCUCUCGAAUCGCGAAUCUGCACGGAGGUCGAGGAUGCGGAAACAGAAGCACUUGGAUGAUCUGAUGGCCGAAAUGGCUCAACUCAAGGGGGAAAACAACGAGAUCCUCACGAACACCAACAUCACCACUCAACUUUACCUGAAGAUGGAGGCAGAGAACUCUGUUCUGAGGGCUCAGAUGGCGGAGCUGAGCCAGAGAUUGCAGUCUCUGGACGAAAUCGCUAGCUUCUUGAACGCGAGCAGCGGGCUUUUCGAAAUAGAGGACGCUCAGAUGAAGAUCGCCGACGAUGAUUGCUUCCUUAACCCGUGGAAUAAUUCUUCGGCGUACCUGAUGAAUCAACCCCUCAUGGCCUCCGCAGACACGUUCAUGCGCUGAUCUCAAAUCUCAAAAUUCGUUUUGGUCAAUCGACGGUGUUGGUUGUUGGGUUUCUGGAUGGUGUUUGUGUGAAUAGGAGUUUCCGUCAUGUGAAUGGGUUGGGAAAUAUGUAUUGAGAGUGUAUGGUAAGCGGGUAGGAGAAUGGGUUGUUGGGUCGGGUAAAUGGUUUGUCAUUACGGAUAUGGUCUUCGUGGUAUUUGUACUUCAAAAGUGGUUUAUGAAUUUGGUUUACUAUAAUAAGUAGGGUUUCUAGAUGUAUUUCUGGCUUUGUGGGUCAUUGUGGUUUCUACCAUGGGCAAAAAUGUAUGAAGAAAAGGUAUUAGUUAUGACAUAUGAGUUUUAAGGUUGGACAAA